AUGAAUUCCUUCAACGCGCCCACUACGCAAAUAAACGCUAUUGAUAAAAUGACCACUGUGAAGUGUAAAUCAGUGGAUUUGGAGGGGUACGUGAUAAUAGUGGUCCAAACCAAAGAUAAUAAGGUCAAACUAUACGGGUCACCAUCGGCAGGAAAUUGGGACAACUUGGAGCUUGCCGAUGAGAUCAUGGACGUGAACGAGACGCGGCUUGAGGACAUGUCACGGACCGAAGUGCUCAGCCACAUUCACGAGUGCAUAUCGUCCUGCGUAAUCAAGCUACGUGUCAAAAGGAGAAGCGAAACGAAGUUGCGUAUUGUGGCGUGGAAUAGAAAGUGGGCAGCCGUAUCGGACAAAGUUUCGGAUAUCGGGCACAACAUCGUCCAGGAUGCGUUCCUCAUCGCCGUGGAGGAGCAGGCGAGGCAGCGGCUGCAGCGCCUCUCGGCCCUCAAGCGGAUCACGCCUGUCGAUAUGUCAAAGCUCUCUGUCGAAUUAAAUCGAAAGAAACGUACACAGCCAGAGAACCGGCAAGAGAUAAACGGUUACAUUGCAAACUCCGCCGUCUACGUCACGUCCAUCAACGAGAAUGGCGCAAUAGAGAGCAAACCGACCAUCUCCUCGCCCAAAUCGCAACCGAAGUCGCUCCAAGCGAAGCCGGCACCGGUGAUAGCGAACGGAAUCGCGGACGGCAAGAAAGAGACUGAGGAGAGCGAGAGAGAGAAGAGAGAGGAGCCGGAGAAGCACGAAAAGGAUUCCAGUGAAAAGUUGAACGUGACAGUGGAGUGCGAAGUGAGAGUUGAGAGUGAAGUGGGCAGUGACAAGGACGCCGUUAAAAGUGACGCGUUGAGUGUUGCGAGGGAGCACCUGAGCAACGGUCGGUGCGAGAAGUUGCUAGGAGAGCAGCCCGACAACAGGCUGAGGGCGACGGCCGUCAUCGAGAACAAUAAACUGGGACCAGGAGAAAAGGGG